AAGUAUUAAUAAUUAUUAAACCCACCUUCCAAAACUUCCCUUUAAUCCAACAGAAAAUCAAUUUUUUGGUCAUAAACGAGUUAUUUAUCAAGUUUCAAUGGAGAAAGCAAAAUGGGAGUGGAAGCUCCUCCUAGCCCUUUCUCUAUCAAUUGCUUUUGUUGCUUUUUCAGAGGACUUCCCCUCCCAAGGAUGCUAUUGGACUAAAACAUGCCUACAUAAGUUGAAGGGAGAAUGUGGAGGUCUUGUGUAUAAUCAGUCAAACACCUGCUAUGGCCAAUGCCAGGGGAAAAAAUAUUCAUCCUGUCCUCCUGACCAUACACAUUUUUACUGCUGCAUAGCCGGAAGUCCCACAAAGGUGAAAGAUGGGUGCAAAAAGUGUGAGAAUAAGGUGGAAGAUGGCGACGAAUUCGUCUGUUGUGCAGACUGCUCUUAUCCGGAUAUGGUGUAUGGUGAUACUUCAUCAGGGUACUGUAAAAGUGGUGCUGAAUUGAUUUCACAACCAAAGCCUAAAGAGGUGUUUGAAUGGGUUGUUGGACCGUGGUUACCGUGUUCUGCUCCUUGUGGUGGUGGGAUUCGGAGUCGAAGAGUCGAUUGUUAUGCUGUAAUUGAGGAGACUUCGUCCCCUGAUUAUCCAGUGUAUGAUGAGCAAUGUUCAGAUCAAGAAAAGCCCAUAGUAAGAGAGACAUGCAAUUUACAAAGUUGCGUAGUGAGCAAAGGCAAAGAAAAGGAAAGAAGGCAUAGUAGUACAUCCAAUUUGAUGAUCGCAUUUCUCAUCUUUGUUGGGCUUGUUGCUCUUGGGUCUGCAGCUUUUGCUUUCUAUACAAGGAGAACAUCUGGCGACGAACAAGGUUACGUUUACAUCAUGAUGGAAGGAUUUUCAUAAAAAUUCAUACGUAGAAGUGUAGCAUGGGAGAUUAGUCUUUUAAAUAUUUUUUUUUAAUAUAAAAAAUACAUAUAUAUGCAAGUAAUGCAAGUAUUAUUCUUUUGUCAAUAGUUUCAUCUUACUUGUAUAUUUUACAACAUUAUAUUUUUCUUUUCAAGGGCUAAUUGAACAUACAGAAAGGUUUUUUUUUUUUUUUUUUUUUUUUGGGUGCUCUUAAGUUGAAUUAUUCGGAGUAGAAUAUAGUUUCGUUUAUAAAAUGUAAACAAAUAUGUAUCAAAGUAGUCUAUAUACUCACACCCCAAAAUAAUGCUCUUGUUUUGACUUUAGGACAAAAUAUAACCAAACAUAUAUUCUUAUUACAUUUCUUCUAUUUUAAUUUAUUAAUACAAUAUUGCAUUACUUCGGCCUUGUUCACAUUUAUUGAACUAAACUGAAUUGGACUAAAAUGAGCUGAAAUGUGAGAUGUUAUAUUCGUAUCAGUCUAUUUGAUUUAAUAUUCACAUUUAACUAUACUUUAACCUAAUGUUUAUAAAACAAUUGUAUUAAUAUACUGUAACACCCCGGCCCUUUCCAGAAGGUCACCCAUCCCAAUACUACUCCCAGGUCCCAGCCAAGCACGCUUAACUACGGAGUAUCUCAGCAUAUGAACUCUCUAAAAGGAAGAUAC